AUGAACAAUUCCCAGCUCCCGAACGAGGCUUUCGUGCUGCACCCAGGAGGCCAAUUUUCGUUUGAGGAGCGCAGCAAACCGACCAUUCAAUCUCCCCGGGAUGUUGUAGUCCAAGUUAUGGCAACCGGCCUCUGUGGCUCAGAUGUGCACUACUGGCAACACGGCCAUAUCGGUCGAUAUGUCGUCGAAAACCCUAUCACUCUAGGCCACGAGUCAACAGGAAUUGUAAUCGAGAGUGGAAGCGAUGUAAAGGGUCUCGCAGUCGGCGAUCGCGUCGCCUUGGAGCCAGGAAUCGCUUGCAAUACCUGCAAUCAUUGUCGCUACGGCCGAUAUAACCUUUGUCAAGACAUGCGCUUCGCCGCAACGCCCCCGUACGACGGAACGCUCGCCAGAUAUUAUCGCCUUCCUGCAGAAUGUUGCUUCAAGCUACCAUCACAUAUCUCCCUGCGAGAUGGCACUUUGAUCGAACCCCUUAGUGUCGCCGUGCAUAGCUCUCGACUGGCAGGCAACAUGCAAGAAAAAUCGGUUAUUGUAUUCGGAGCCGGACCCGUUGGCCUACUCUGUUGUUCCGUCGCGCGAGCAUUCGGUGCAUCGAUUGUGGUUGCAGUAGACGUCGUACCAGCUCGGUUGAACUCUGCAGUCAAAUAUGGUGCCACGCACACACAUCAGAUGACAAGCGAGACGGCAGAUAAAAAUGCGGCGGAUUUGUUGACUGCGGCGGGGCUGCUCGAUGGCGCUGAUAUUGCUUUGGACGCGACUGGUGCGGAACCUUGCUUGAAUUGUGGUAUCCUCUCCCUCACGCAGGGCGGGUCAUUUGUUCAAGUUGGCUUGGGAAAGCCUAAUCUUUCUCUUCCGGUCGGUCAGAUUUGUGACAAGGAGAUUGUCUUCAGGGGCAGCUUCCGGUAUGGACCUGGUGACUUUCAGUUGGCCGUUGGAUUGCUGGACUCGCGACGGGUGAAACUUGACGGUCUCGUCACCCACGAGUUCCCUUUCACUGAAGCAGAGCAGGCCUUCCACAAUGUAGCGGCACGGUCUGGAAUCAAAAGUGUUAUAUAUGGACCAGGAGUUGACGAGGAAGCUGCAAAUGUAGCAUCGAAAUAA